AUGGGUGGUGGAAAUCGUCAAGAUCUGGUGCAGCUUGGCUCUCAGCUGGCAAGAAUGCAUAAGCACAAUGAGGACUGUCUGAAGGCUGCGGAACAUUCUGAAGGGUUUGUAGGCGGAGACUACAAGACUGGAAAUUAUAAACAAGGCGUUAAUCAGUUUGGGUUUCACACAACCACUUGCUGUGGCUUCAUACCUCAGAAUAACGAGUGGAGUGAUGACUGGGCGUCGUUUUUUGUAAGAAAUCGUCUAAAGCUCCAAGCUGACUUGUUGAUUGAGAAAGGAGACAGAGACAUGAGGGAAGCUUGGCCCGAACUAGAAAGGAAAGCGACAGAUAUUCUAGCGUCAUGUAAAGGUGUCACACCGGCGCUGGUUCACGGUGAUUUAUGGGGUGGAAACUGGGCCAGUUGUGACUCUGGUCCAGGCAAGUUUUCUCUGUGA